GGUGAUGGGAGAUGGACCAGAGGACGCUGGCGGGAGGAGCUAUAGGAGGUCAGGCUCAUUGUAAUGGCUGGAAUGGAAUAGGCCAAGAGGACAUCCUCAAAACCAAGGACGACACUUGAGAUUUACAUCUCAGACAGGGUUACCUCAUCAUGAGAGGAGGUUGUGUUUCCAAAUCCUCUCUGCUACACGUGACCAACCUGUUCUGUUCUGCAGGGCACGAGAGCAUGAUGUUGAAAGAGAACAUGAAUAUGGUUGAGAGAAGCGGGAAGGUAAAGGUGUGUGAGUGUGUGCCCUCCCAAGUGGUGAGGUGUGUGUCUGAGCUGAUCAAGUACGCUGAUGAUCCAGAUCCACUGAAGACAAAGGAAGUCAUCGCCACACUGGGACAAAUACUGGAAGGUCAUGUGAGCAGUAAGGGCGAGAUGCUGUGGAACAUGGACCCUGAGAGCUGGAAGAGAACCAGCCUGGUGGAGAGAAAGAAGUUCAUAGAGACAGUCAGUCUGGAGCUCAUCCUCUCCCCAGACAGCUGGGCAAAAGACUGGAAGGACAAACGCUGCACCUGCAAUGCCUCUGCAGAUGAAUCAAAGUAUAUGAUGACUACAGCACAGACGGUUAAUUUGUCAAUAACAAACUGCUGGAUCUUUGAUGGCUGGUGGAUUCUACAGAACAUUUCCCCUCUGGUCAAAACAUGGGAAUGGGGAACCACAUCCAACUUCCUCUUUAAGGUCCAAGAUGCUAGAGUUCCGGAGAGCAUGCGACUCAAAGAGAAAAUUCACCUGGUAGACGCUGCAUUAAAGAUCAACUCUCCCUACCCUUCCGUCCUGCGCACUUCGAGGAAGGUCGACCUCAUCAUCUCCUUGGACUUCAGCGAAGAAGACCCAUUUGAGACUGUGUUUAGUGCCAAAAAGUACGCGGAUGAGCUGAAGCUUCCCUUUCCCCCAGUGAAGGAGAGUGUGAGGGAGGAGAAAGACCAUCCUAUGGGCUGCUACGUUUUUGAGGGGCAACACCCUGAAGAGCCCACCGUCAUGCACAUGCCCCUGUUCAACCUGCAGAACUGCCAUGACGAGGACGAGAUUAAGAAGGAGAGGGAGAAGUACAAAACAUUCCUGCUUCACUACGGUGCGCCGGAGAUUGACCACCUCCUGGAGAAGGCCCAGGCCAACAUGAGGAACAACAGAGACAGGAUCCUGGAACAGAUCAUUAUGGCCAUCCAACGCAGAAAGAAGCGCAUGUCAGUGGCUCAAUAGUUUUUAUCAGUGGUGGAAAGUAUCUGUACUUUACUAUUAUAUUUGACAACUUUACUUCAAGACAUUACUAAAGAAAAUAAUAUACUUACUCUAUACAUUUUCUCUGACUGCCAAAAUUAGCUUGUUACAUUUUGAAUGCUUAGCAGAACAGAAAAAGUAUAAUUCACGCACUUAUCAAGAGGACAUUCUUGUUCCUCCCUACUGCCUCUGAUCUGGCAGACUGAUUAGAAGCACCUGCUGUGCAUCGGUUGCUCACCUGUGUUCCCUACAAAUGCUGUCUUGAAUCAAAAGGAUUUGUACCUACACACUGGAGAAAGUUGUAUCGUCUGUGUAUGUUGUCCCUAAUGCAGUGAAAAUAAUAAAAAAUGAUAUAAAAAAAUAUGUUUUAUGCAACAUCUUUUUGAGUUCGGACACAUCACACUCUUUGUCUGCUUCUGAGAGUGUGAUUGUCCCCUUUUUGAUUAGGACUCACUAAACACAUCCAUUGUUUGAUGUCUGAGUGUUGGCGUGUGCCCCUGGCUAUCUGUGAAAAAUAAAAUGGUGCCGUCUGGGUUGCUUAAUAUAA